UAUAUAUAUAUAUAUAUAGCAUACCACACUGGCAGGUGUAGCUCCACCUGCUACACCAGCUAUGCAUCAGCUGUUCAGCAUUGUUUUGGGACAAAGGGACCUCUCUCGAGCUGGAGACCUGUUUUCACUGGAAGAUAUUGAAAUUAAAGAUAGUUUAUCUGAAGCUCUUGAAGAAAUGAAAAAGAUAUCUUCAUCAUCAGACUACUUGACCAAUGACAAUGACCAGGCAGUCAUAGAGAUCUGUAUUACACGAAUAACUACAGCCAUCCGUGAAACUAACACCAUUGAGCAACAUGCACUUGCUCUUGUUUCACUGUGGGAAUCAUGUUUGGAGUGCAACCUAAAAACAGAAGGAAAAAAUGAAGACACUCCACAUGCAAAAAUUGCAUCUGACAUUAUGAGCUCCAUUUUACAGAAUUACAACAAACCUCAGGUGAUGGCUUUAGCUGUACCAGUGGCUAUGAAAUUUUUACAAAGGGGGAACAAGGAGACAUGUAGGAAUAUGUCAAGCUACAUUUCACUGGUUGCAAUUGCAAAAGCUGAUUUGCUGGUCAACCACACGGAGGCCAUCACAAAGAGUGUUUUGCAAGGUAACUUCAUGCUUCUACGGGUGUUGCCAUCACUGUAUGAGCAAAAGCCUGAAUCUAUUAACAUGCACCUAACAGCAUUAGUGGAGCUCCUGUUUAGUUUGGAUCAGUCAGAGCAGCAUCACCUCUUCCGACUCUUGCAGAUAACUGCUAAACAUUAUCCAGAGGUGUUAAAUAAUUCCUUGUCUUCAUUAAUGACUCAUCUUCAUGACCCUAACCAAAAUGAUUCAGUCCUAACCAUACUUCUAGAAGUAUCUCGGUCCAACCCAUCAGCUGUUGCUAGUUUUCUUCCAAGACUGAAGGAGGUUGGAGAAGAAUUUCCAAGUCUUCUUGGCCAGAUUGCAAAAAUCUAUGGUGCCAUCGGGCACACUAAUGAGGAGAGAGCUAGGAGCUGUCUGGCCUACCUGGUGACUCUUCUAGCAAACAUGGAUCACACCUUUCAUCAUGUGCUACUUAUGGAGAUCAAGGGGAUCACAGACAUGUUCAGCAACAUCUUGGGUGCCAGUAGCAAGGAUAUUUAUCGUAUGAGCAACAGUUUUACUUAUGUGGCUAUGCUCCUGGGGAAGAAGCUGGAGAUAAGCAACUCAUCUGUGAUCAGGGAGCAAAUUGACACCAGAGAGAACUCUACAUUGUGUAAUUUGGAAUCAACGACAAAUGCCGGCAGUCAAAAGGAAGAUUUGACAGAGAAGAUCUAUGCACAUGAGGAUAAAAUACUAACUGAAAACAAGAGCUCAAGACAUGUUCCCAGGUCACAAAGCUUGACAAACUCAACAAAUUUAGAAAUUGAUAAUGGUAAAGAAAAUGGGGAAAUGCCCACUGUGUGUUUUUCUGAGAGUGCGCUGAGCCAAGAAAGCUGUCAUUCACCUUCUGGAGUAGAUGAUGGCACCACCGAGAGUUUCUCAACUCCUAAUCCCUGUUCUUCUACAUUCAUUAUGAAGUGUUCUACAGAAAUGCUCAGCGAAAGCUGUCAGGAAAACAAUGGCACAAUGGAGAAGGGCCCUCAAGAAAACAGGGAUAAACUAUGGCGACAUUUAAAAGAAAAUCUCACUAAAGUACAAGCUUAUUACAAUGCCGUAAAAAGAAAAAUCCCUAUUCCAGACCAGUGUACUUUUGAAGACUCUGUUAGAAAUGUGAUCAAGCUCCAUUUCACAUGUCCUUUGAAGGGCCACUACUGUCUCUAUAGCAAAUCCAGCUUCACUCUCAACAGUAGACAGCCUCAAGUCUGGAUUCAGAUCAUGCUGAUUGUUAAACAGAGCCUGUCUACAGAACCUUUAUCAAUCAGUGACACAUCUGUUCAACUUCUGAAGUCACUGUGGGAUACAACUCAUCUUAACAGCAUUUGCAGUUUUGAAUCUGCAAUGAUACAUGCAGCCUUUCCUCAGAAUAAGGAUCUGGACUGUGUGCUUAAACACUUGGAAGAAGUACGCUUCUUUGACCUUUUUGGAUACAGUGAGGAAACGGGAGAAUGGCUGUGUUUCAUGUGCAACAAUCCUGAAAAAGCAAAUGUUCUUAAUCAGGAUGGCCAGCCACUUAUUGAGGGCAAAUUAAAAGAGAAGCAAGUUCGAUGGAAAUUCAUCAAGAGAUGGAAAACUCGUUAUUUCACGCUGGCAGGGAACCAGCUACUCUUCAGAAAGGGAAAAUCAAAGGAUGAGGUGGAUGACAACCCUAUUGAGCUUAGCAAGGUACAAAGUGUUAAGGUGGUGGCAAAAAAACGCAGGGACCGCAGUCUUCCACGCGCAUUUGAGAUCUUUACAGAUAACAAGACCUAUGUCUUCAAAGCAAAGGAUGAGAAAAAUGCAGAGGAGUGGCUGCAGUGUAUCAAUGUUGCUGUCGCCCAGGCAAAAGAAAGAGAGAACAGAGAAGCCACAACAUACCUGUGACAGAGAAGAUUCAUACAGGAACUCACCAGUGUAGCAGAGUAGCUGUACCAUGGAAAGACUAAUACCACUGUCAUUGUGAAAGUUCAAAGGCUGUAAAAUAUGAGCAGUCGAUACACAUUGCUUUACUUGGAUGAGCUACUCCUUGGAAUAAUGUGCACAAUACAAGAAAUGCUCGUUCAAUUAAGACAUUUUGUACUUUUCUGUUGAUUUAACAAGACAUCUCAUGCAGGAAACCCGGGGGGCUGAUUUUUAUGCACAAUGUACAAUAUACAUCUCACUCAUAAUCUUUAUGAUGUAGUCUGUUUAGCUAAGAAGACAUGAACUUCUGGGAUGACUUUGCAAAUCUUACUACUUUUGGAAAAGAAAUAACUUUCAUUAAUGAAAGUGGAAACAGAUUGACCAAUGUAACUGAAUGGGGCCCUCUAUCCUGCCUUGAAGAAUGGAGUGAACAUAUCAAAAUAUAUAGGCAUUAUAUGAAAAUAUCAAAACAGCAUAUGAAGUUUGAAGAUUGUAUCUUUCCAGUCAACCUAAAUCCCCACUUUUACCUGCAGUAAUGCACUGAGAAGUGAAUGAAGUGAUGAGAUCACAGGUACAACAAUUUUGAAUGUAAUCUUCUACUACUACUACUAUUAUUAAAUUGUUAAGGAAUUCUGAUACUGUAUCAAGUAGGCCUAAAAUCAGAGCUUCAGAUCAAGUGGAGAAGCUUAUUUUAGAUUUUUCUUGUAUGUAGUUUAAUUAUUUUAUGUUAGCUACAGUGUAUUUGUUAUAUAUAAUCCUGGACUUAAAAGUAGCAGUGCACUUAACAAAAAUAAAAUUAAUUCAGCUCAUUUGAAACUAAUUUGGUGAGGAUGCCUUCUAUAGCAGCACCUGCUGAAGGAAUUCUCCAAGGCAGGUCCCCACUGUCUGGGAACCCACCAUGACAGAGGGACCAUAGUGCUCAGAUUUAUAGUUGGUGAAACUUUUUCCAUUUGAUAACACCAAAGAACAA